UGAUAGCGUUCCGGCACCACGCCGGAUUUCCGGCGUAGGCUACUGUGGCUGCAAAAAAAAAAAUAAAAAAAUAAUAAAUCAGGUUGUGGUUAUAUUGGUCUACGGCGGCGUUUUAGUGCCAUGUUAAAAAAAUAAUAAAAAUAAUAAUAAUAAAGAUUGUCUAAUGUUUAUUUGAUGUAUGUUUUUAAAAGCACGGAAGAGAAUAUGUGCUGUUCUGUUAGACAUCGUUUCAGGUAUUAAAAUAGUUCCGUUUUGUAUGUAUGGCAAAGUGAUUUCGUUUCUGUUUUUAUUAAUUAAGUUGUAAUGGGAAGAUUUUUAAUUCGUCAGAUAUAAAUAAGGUAUAGGCGCAUAUCCAUUGGUUUGUGCGGAGAGUGGAAGCUUGCACAAUGCAAUACAGAGGCGCCAGAUCCGUCACUUGCACUUUUUUUUAUCCAGUGGAAACGAAUUAUCCUCAAAACAAUACAUGCCUUACCGACAUCAAAUACAUAGAUGGAGAGAUUUAAAUUAUUGCUUAACGAAAUAAAACAAAUCAAACCAAAAACUCUUUCAUUAUAUCUGUAAAGAUGCAUUUCUCGCGUCAAAGUGGAGAUUUCUAUUAAGGAUCUUGUGUCAUUGAUUUAGAAUACACUAGUUUAUUCAUAAAUAAUUCAAAUAUCCCCUUACCCUCCGACACAUUCAUUGUUAUGUAUACAAGGAAUACAAGUUGAUGUAGACUAAUAUAAAUUUAAAAUACAUCGUUUUAAUAAAUACAAAUCAGCAAAACUGUUUCAAGUGAUUAUUCAAUUAAAAGUAUCAAUGAAUAAAACAUUAUGUUGACCAGGUGGGUUAUUCAUUGAAAUCAUGGAGAAUGACAUUUAGUUUUAUUUUCAUCAUGAAUGACAGCGCACCGUGUAUUUACAGACAAACGAAAUCUGCAUAAGUCUCUUUACUGCGGAACUGAACUUAAUAAAACAGAAACGAAAUCAAUGUGUCAUACAUACAAAACGGAACUGUUUUAAUAGCUGAAACGAUAUCUAAACGUUUUGCUAUGUUCUGUCUAUGCAAACAGAACAGCAGUAGGCUACAUAGGCUAAUAAAUCAAGCGCGUCAUCGUCACAACCAUAGCCUUGUUUCCGCACGGAAUAAAGUAUUUUAUUCUCGGAACAUUUCGACUUUAUUCUCCGACUUUAUUUUUAUUAUUAAUAUUAUUAUUACUUUUUGCAGAGGUUAGAUAUUUCGACUUUAUUCUCUGAAUAUUCCGACUUUAAUCUCGGAGUUUCGACUUUAAUCUCGGAAACUUAGAUUUUUUUUUAUUAAAAUUUUUUUUUUUUUAACAUGACACUAUAUGCCGUCGUAUUGAUCUGUCAUUUAGAUCUGAGAUGCGCAGGUCAGAGAGCAGCUUUAACGCUCAACGACUCAUGAGCCAAUCAGAAGUAGUUAAGGGGCGGGCCUCGUGGCUUUGUCAAAUAGAUUGAUACAGGUUAAGGCAAUGCUCCAUGCGCGAAGGUGUUUACAAUUGUGUCUCAUAUUUCUCAACUCAAAACGUAAGUCAUGGCUAUGUUUAUGAAGCCAGGGGAAGACAUUAAAGACAUUGAUAAAAGCAUAAAGAAUAAAUGGCGCUGGGCUUGGAUUGAGGAUGUGGGUAGCGACGGAAAGCCCUUUGGAAGCUGGUGUCAAAAACUCCGGCAACCAGGAGCAUGCUAUUGCACUGUGUGUGCCAGAAAACUAAUGUAUGGAACUAGCGGGAAAAAAGUACUGUCACGGCACGAAUUAGACCCUGUUCACAAAGCAACAGUCAGAGCACUGCAACACACCUCACGUUUGCCAGGGGCAACAGCCACGGCAGCUAUUCCACCCUCAAUGACCGAUCGUGUGACCGAUUUAAAAAUUCGCUUGUGCUCCUUCAUUGCUGAACUUGACCUGUCAUUUAAUAUCGCCCACCCACUCGUCACUUUAUGUAAAAAAAUUAGCGGAGGAUAGACCCGCCCUGGCGCAUCUGUCUGUCUCCAGGCAGCACGCAAGCUAUCUUCUUACACAUGGCAUCUCGCCAGAGUUUAAAAAACGUCUGUCUGAGAAGCUUAAGAAUGCAAUGUUUUCAGUCAACAUUGACGAGGCCACGGACAAAAGUAUGGAUAGAAUUCUUAAUGUACUGGUCCGAUUUUAUGACGAGGAUGCAGGCAGUGUGAAAACACAGCAUCUUGCCAGCAAAAAAGUAAAUAUUGCAAAUGCCUCAGCUUUGAUGCUGGAACUAAAUGACGUCCUGCACUCAUAUGGGCUAGAGUGGAGGCAGGUCACCAGUAUGCUACUAGACAAUUGCGCAGUGAUGAGGGGGAAGAAGUCGGGGCUUGAGACCCUAGCUAGAAAGGAGAACCCCAAUCUGUUGGACAUUUCGGGAGACACUGUCCAUAUGGUGUCAAAUGCGGCUAAGGCUCUCAUGAGCCCAUUUCAAUCAGAGGUGGAAGAUUUUUGCUCUGAUGUUUAUUAUGACAUAGAGAAGUCCCCCAAGCAGAAGGAGAUUUUUGCACAAUUUCAGAGUUUACUCCAUCUCACCCCCAAGAGCUUGAUAAGGCCCAUUAGUAACCGAUUCAUUCAGAUGCUUGAAGUCUGCAGUAGAAUGAAUGAACUCCUGGAUGUACUCGUGGUGCACUACUAUCAUGUCAUGGACGCAAAUGAGGAACACAAAUACAGAAGGCUUCUUAAUCAGGUGUUUGAGCGGCAUGACCUCACAGCUGAGGAAAAGGCCAGGAUAGUAGUUCUUCAGAAAGAACAGGCAGCAGCGUCCCGGACGGGAACACAAGUUAACCAAGACCGAAAAGAUCGAAUCUCUGUGGUCAUUUCAGAGUUCGAAAGAGUAAAAGUCAUGAUUGACUUAUACAGAGGGGUCCUUCUGACAUUUCAGAGAUUUGUCAAAGAGCUUCAACAUGAAAAGCCAAUGGUGCAUUUGUUGCAUGUGGAAAUGGUGGCCCUUGUUAGAGAGCUCCUGAGCAAAUUUAUGAGACCAAAGGCUAUUCCACUGAGUCACAAGGAGAUUCUCAAGGUUGAUGUACGGAGCAGGGAUUUGCAACUGUCAAACCAGAGGCUCUCUGUUGGACAAUUCUGCUACAAUGCAAUGAACAAAGCUCGUGUGGAGAAGAAGGUAUGGGUUGGACAUAUCUAUGACUCUCUCAGAGAAGGGUAUAUGAGGUCAGCAGAGUUUCUGAUAAAAAACCUUCCCCUGGAUAACAUCAUAUUAACAUCACUCUCUGCUCUGAUGCCGUCUCUAAUUCAAUCCGAUGCAGUUGUUGGAGCAUUCACUACAUUAGGAGAGGCCUUGCCAAAUGUUGUCCCUCCAGAAGAGAUCGGUCAACUGGUUGAAGAAUGCCGGGCCUACCAGAUGGAUGCGGACAUGCUUCUUCGUGUACCAAACUACAUCGAAGGGGACUGUCAAGUUGAUGUAGACUGGUGGAGCCAUGUUGCUUCUUUGAAAAAUGCAGAGAGAGGUGUGAAGUAUCCCACCCUGUGCAAACUUGUUAAAGCGCUUCUGUCCAUUUUUACAGGCCCCUUGGUGGAAGGAUCAUUCAAUUUAAUGGAUGAUAUCCUAGAGUCUGACAGGUGCUCCAUGAAUGUGGAAACAUACGAGAGCCUCGCAGUGAUCAAGUCCACACUUAAGGCCAGGAACUGGACAGCCUCAACUAUGAACAUUGACCAGCCUUUAAGGCGAUCCUGCCUUUCCUCAUUCCAAAACUACCAAUUACAUUUAAAGAAAAAGAAACAGACUGCACAGGCACUAAAGAAGAAAAGGCUUAGUGAGGCAGCAAGGAUUCUGUCCUCAAAGGAGGCAAACAAAUUGUCUCAACAGGCCCGAAAAACCAAAAGACCAGCGAUAUCCUCCUCUGCACAAACAUCCAAUGGUGGCACAAGCCUCUACCACCUCUGCUCAACAGGCCCUCCUGAAAAAGAGAAGACUACCCCAACCCUCCUCUGCGCAAGCCUCCACUUCCUCUGCACAAGCCUCCAUUUCCUCUGCUCAACAGGCCAUCCUGAAAAAAAGACCACCCAAACCCUCCUCUGCACAAGCCUCCAUUUCCUCUGCUCAACAGUCCCUCCUGAAAAUGAGAAGACCACCCCAACCCUCCUCUGCACAAGCCUCCACUUCCUCUGCACAAGCCUCCACCACCUCUGCUCAACAGGCCAUCCUGAAAAAAAGACCACCCAAACCCUCCUCUGCAAAAGCCUCCAUUUCCUCUGCUCAACAGUCCCUCCUGAAAAUGAGAAGACCACCACAACCCUCCUCUACACAAGCCUCCACCACCUCUGCUCAACAGGCCCUGGAAAAAAGAAUACCACCCCAAUCCUCCUCUGUACAAGCCUCCACUUCCUCUGCACAAGCCUCCACCACCUCUGCUCAAAAGGCCCUUGAAAAAAGAAGACCACCCCAACCCUCCGCUGCACAAGUCUCCACAUCAUCUGCACCAUCACAGUUUUUUCCUCUCUUUUAUCAAUCCAAAGCAUCAUCAACCAUGUUAAAAAGGAAAGGUUCCGAGGACCAAAAACAAUGUUCAUCAAAAAGGAAGAAAUGAAGGGAGGGAGACAUGUUUUCCACAUUGUCUUUUACAGUUAUUUAUUUUGGUUUUUCAGUUGUUUUUCAGUGGUCACCAUUUGCAUGUUUUGAAAAAAAAAAAAUACGUUCAGAAAGGAAGAAAUGAAGGGAAGGAGAAAUGUUUUUGUUAAUCCCAUACCGUCUUUUACAGUAUAUUCAUUUUUUAUAGUUUUUCAGUUGAAUGGUGCAUAUUUUGCAAUUAAAUUUGUUAAAGAAAAAUGAAUGUGUGUCCUUUUAAUGUCUUUUAGGUAAUCAAUUCCUGUGUACUUUGGAGUACUAUUAUUGCCACUUACUGACCUGUCUUGGUAUGACUGUAGCAUCUGCAGCAUUUACUUCCAGUGAUUGUACUAAGAUGGGCUAAUAAGGUCAAUGUAGGCACUGAACAUAUUGAGAAGAAAAUGCUGUGUUUUCUUGAAUAAUACUGAGGGCAUAAUGCAAAUAUGAAAAUAUCUAAAAAAGAGCCACUUGUCAAUAAUGAUGAUCAGGGUUAUACAUACUUAGGCUGUUUAUAUAUUUGGGCCCAGGGGCCAACAAGUUGUGUUAAAAGUGCAUCGCAUACAUAGUACCCUCUCGGGGGGCAAGGAAAAAAAGUUCAGGCUCAGGAAUUUUUCUCACUAUCA